CUUUCUUUUUUUUUUUUUUUUAGUCACUGUACAUUGACAACAGAGGUUCGACCACAAACUUGUAUUACACGUCCGUGGUUCAACGCUACCAUGACUUCGUUUGGGUGGUUGGUGCCGCAGUUACAUCCCUUCAUGUGGGAACCACGAGAUCGUCAAAAUAUAAAGUUUAAAGCGGUGAUGGCAUAACAAAUUAUCAGCUUUCUAUAAUUUUAUUCAAAACAUUACAUUCACUUCUUCGCUCAGCCGAGGAAAAUCAGUCAUUGUGACAAUUAAUUUUAUUUUCACGUAACAAUUUUACUCGGAUGUCAACAAAGUCAAACAACGAUGAUGUUUCGUCAAAUAAUGAGACUAACAUUAAGAAGCAAAUCGACCUUAUUUCAGUCCUAUUCAACUAAGACAGGCUCCACGGUGUUUGCAUUGUCGUCUGGACAUGGGCGAUGCGGUGUUGCCGUUAUCCGGGUGUCGGGACCAUCCUCAUCGGAGGCAGUGAAAACGUUGUGCGGAAAGACGAAGUUACCACAUCCACGACUUGCAUCGUUGCAGAGAUUGAUUGAUCCGUCAACGAGUGAAGUCAUCGACAGAGGCAUUGUACUGUGGUUUCCAGGACCAGCAAGUUUUACGGGAGAAGACUGUGCAGAGUUUCAUGUGCAUGGGGGCACAGCAGUAGUUACAGCCAUACUGGAUGCCCUUGGCUCAUUGCCAGGAUUACACCAUGCAGCUCCAGGAGAUUUUGCCAGAAGAGCCUUCUUGAAUGGCAAGAUGGGUUUGACAGAAGUAGAAGGACUAGGGGACCUUAUCAAUGCUGAAACAGAAGCACAGCGAAGACAGGCUAUUCGUCAGAUGGAGGGUGACCUUGGUAACAUUUAUUCAGACUGGCGAAAUAGAAUUCUAAAAUGUCUUGCUAAUGUAGAAGCCUUCAUUGAUUUUGAUGAGGAAGAAAACAUUGAAGAAGAUGCUAUGAAAAUAGCAACUGUGGAAGUAGAGAAAGUCAGCAAAGAAGUAGAGCAUCAUCUGGCAGACAAUCGACGUGGAGAACGACUACGAGAAGGGGUUCACGUUGCAAUUAUUGGAGCACCUAAUGUUGGCAAAAGCAGUCUCCUGAACAUGCUUUGCAGACGACCAGCAGCCAUUGUAUCUCCUAUCGCUGGCACAACUCGAGAUGUUGUGGAGACAGCAAUCAAUUUCACUGGCUAUCCAGUGCUGCUGAGUGAUACAGCUGGGCUAAGGGAGACAACCGAUAUUAUAGAAAAAGAAGGUGUUAAGCGAGCUCUGGACAGAGCACAAAAGGCAGAUCUUAAAGUGUUGAUGAUGGAUGCAACAAACGUCAUCAACACCAAAUCUCCUCACUCAAAAUGGUCAGAGUAUAUACUAGACCAUAUGGUCUGCCUCGGCAUUCCAGCAACCACUUUGCAAAACUUUGAUCAAAGCUCACCAAACACAGAAUACAUGAACAGUGGACAGUUUCUUGAAACAAAGAAAAGUUCAUCGCCUCCUGCACAGGACAUGCAUCCAGACCAGGAAUCUGUGUCUAGGGAGGUACUUGACCAAAGUGGGGAUGAAGAUCCAGCUUUGAACAGUGUGAUUGUUGCAAUUAACAAGAGUGAUUUGUUGUCAGAGAAAGAACGGACACUGCUACCCUCCUCCAAAGACGCUAAAUGUCCUGUUUGCAUUUUAUCCUGUAGCACGUCUGAAGGACUGGAUGCAUUUACAGCUUUGCUGGCAGAUCAAGUAAAAGAUUUGUGUGGAGAUCCUUUAGCUAGUAGCCCUACUCUCACUCAAGUUCGACAUCGUGCUCAUUUGAAACUGUGUCAUCAGCACCUGGUUAGGUACCAGUCACACGUCAGUAGCCAGAACACAGUGCUAGCUGCUGAAGCAUUGAGGCGUGCCUUGAGGGAGCUGGGCCAAAUAACUGGAACAGUGUCUGUGGAAGAUGUUUUGGAUGUAAUAUUUAAAGAUUUUUGCAUUGGGAAAUGAUUCAAAAUAUGUGUGUAUUAAAGAAUCUCAACAGGACAAACUAGGA